GACGUUGUUUCUCUUGUUACGUUGUUUUCACCUGGGGCAAAACGAAUAUCAUGGAGCGGAAACUGCACAGUGGAAUGCACCACGCCACCCUGCGCCUGCUGCAGGAAUCUGGAUGCGAGAUAGCCCCCCACAAUCUCAUGUAUCCGGUGUUCAUCGUGAGCAACGACAACGACGUCCAGCCCAUAGCCAGCAUGCCGGGUAUCUCGCGAUUUGGACUGAACCGUCUCAGGGAGCACCUGCAGCCACUGGUGGCCAAGGGGCUCUCCUCGGUCCUCCUCUUUGGUGUGGUGGAACCGGAACUUAAAGACGAAAACGCCUCCAAUGCGGAUUCCGCCCAGAAUCCCGUGGUCAAGGCAUUGCCCAAACUGCGGGAAUGGUUUCCCGAUCUCCUGAUUGCCUGCGAUGUCUGCAUCUGCCCGUACUCCUCCCAUGGACACUGCGGUCUGCUGGGCGAGAAUGGCUUGGAGAAUGGUCCCAGCAUCAAGAGGAUAGCAGAGAUUGCAGUGGCCUAUGCCAAAGCCGGUGCCCAUAUAGUGGCCCCCUCUGACAUGAUGGACAACCGGGUGAAGGCCAUCAAGCAGGCUUUGAUCGAUGCGGAAAUGAAUAGUGUUUCCCUGCUGGCCUACUCCGCCAAGUUCACCUCUAAUUUUUAUGGUCCCUUCCGGGAGGCGGCGCAAUCGGCUCCAAAGUUUGGUGACCGUCGGUGCUAUCAACUGCCUAGUGGAUCCAGGAGCUUGGCCAUGAGAGCUAUUCAAAGGGAUGUGGCCGAGGGAGCGGAUAUGCUGAUGGUGAAGCCGGGCAUGCCGUAUCUGGACAUACUGCGGUCAACAAAGGAUUCCUAUCCAUAUCAUACGCUGUAUGUGUACCAAGUGUCCGGGGAGUAUGCGAUGCUGUAUCAUGCCGCCAAGGCAGGAGCCUUUGAUCUCCAGGAGGCCGUGCUGGAGGCCAUGAAGGGCUUUCGGCGUGCUGGCGCCGAUUGCAUCAUCACUUAUUACACGCCCUUCCUUUUGGACAUUAUCACGGGCAGGGUUAAGUAGUUGCUAUACCUUUCUGCCUCUCUACCUCAAUGGUGCAACCUUUGUCUUCGUGUUCAGUCCAUGUCUAUGUGGAUUAGAGUGGACCUAUUACUGUUAUUUUAAAGGAAUAACUGGUUUGAUAUAAGUUUCAAUUUCCAUGACUUAAAGCAAUUUUAAGAUUUUAAAAGGUUAAUAAUUAUAUGUUUUAUUAUUAGCCAAAUUUUAGGCUUAAGUUUAAAGGUUUCUAAAAGUUUUUAUGUAGUUUUUAUAACCAAAGUACUUAAAUGUUUGUCAUACCUAUAAGUUCCUACCUGUGUUUUUAUAGAUAUUCAUUCAAACCAUCAUUAAAAUUUAUGUUUUUGAAAAUUCUAAUUUAAUGUUACGGAAAAAUAGCAUAGCACCUAGAGCUACAACCCUUUCCAACUCCCACUGAAAGAGCAUUGUUACAAAAUCUUUAAAAAAUCCUAAAAUUGCAGCUUGUAGUAGGUCCACUCUAAUGUUCAAUCAACAUUACUUGUACUUUAUAGUUACGAGUGCCUUGCUCCAUUCGCCGCAAAUACACACACACACAACUA